AUGUCUGAGCAAUCUAUCGUCUUCACCAAGAACGCCCCGGCCGCUCUUGGCCCUUACUCCCAGGCCAUCAAGACCCCCACCGCCAUCUACUGCUCCGGCCAGAUCCCCCUCACCCCCGAGGGCACCUUCGUCGAGGGCUCCAUCGCCGACAAGACCAAGCAGUGCAUCUCCAACCUCAAGGCCGUCCUCGUCGAGGCCGGCUCCUCCAUCGAGAAGGUCGUCAAGGUCAACAUCUUCCUCGCUGACAUGGGCGAGUUUGCCGAAAUGAACGGCGAGUACGAGAAGUGGUUCACCCACAAGCCCGCUCGCAGCUGCGUCGCCGUCAAGACUCUGCCCAAGAAUGUCGAUGUUGAGAUUGAGUGCAUUGCCCUCCCCUAA